UGGCUCUUGACUCUCCCACGCUGCAGUCGGUGGCUCUGGCCGGAAUCAGCACCGGAAUCGGAAUCGGAAUCGGUAUCGGAAUCGCAAUCCGAAUCGGAAUCGGAAUCUUGCCCGGAUUGAAGGCGGACUGGGAGUGAGAGAGUGUAUUUUUAGUGCUUGCGUGCGAAAUUUUGUUGGUGUCAAAGUUAAACCAUUUACGUGAGAUUGCAAGGACAGGCUAAGAAGAAGAGCAGCACAAAAAGGAUAAUUGCAACAGCAACGCAAGAAGCAAUCUAAGCAACUGCAACUGCAACAGCAACAGCAACAUUUGCUGCAAGUGCAGCUCCACAGCCGUCGCCGCCGCCAAGUUCAAAAUCAACGCCUGACAAUGACAAAAGCAGCAGCAGCAGCAACACCAAUCAAAACAGCAGCAGAAGCAGCAACAUCAGCAGCAGCAGCUGCAGCAGCAACUGCAACUGCAACCGAAGCAAUAACAAUCAAUGGGCCCCAAACGACAUGGCGACGUCAACGCGGCUGCACAACAGCAACACGAAACAUGCAGCAGCAGCAGCAAGAGCAACAGCAACAAACGUACUUGCAACGCCUGAAGGCGGCCGGUCGACUGGGGGCGUGGCUGCCACCAAUGACGUCGCUGCGGCUGCCAACUGACUAUCUCGCCCAGCUGAUUUUGGCCCUGUGCCUGCUGGGCUGCCUCAGCCCCUUUACAGCUGCACUCGAGGAGGACUGCGUUGACUUUCAGGGCAACAAGGUGAACCACGGCAUGCUCUAUGUGCCCGGACCAGGAGUCUGUAGCCUCUGUGUCUGCUAUCACUCCGAGCCACUCUGGUGCAAGGCCAUCUACUGUGAUCCGCCCUACUUUUGCAAAAACUUCCGAGUUGGCGAGCGUUGCUGUGAGUUCGAGUGCUUGGAUCCGCCCGGCGAGGACAAACUGUACCAGGAGCGCAUGCGAAAGAGGGCCGAGAUACUGGCCGGGAACAGUACAGCCUCGAAUGUGCAACUCGCCCCGAUUGCCAUGUCCACCAUAAUGCUGGGAUUCCUGGGCAACAGCUUCCUCAACUUAUAACUUGAAGUCAAAUAGCAAGGAAUGGAGGUCAACUCAAGGCGAAGCUAAAUCACAACAUCCUCAUUUUUGUUGCUCCUAAAGCGUAGGAAACUCUCUGCCCCAAAAAAUUAUUACAGUGUAAUAAGCAAAGCAAAUGAAACCGGGCCACAUAUCUGUGGCCUUCAACCGAAUGGAUGCACAGAUGCAGCGCGCCAUCGAUGCGUAGGUUCUCACUUAUAUCCCCAGACUUAUAAUAGGUACAAUAAUAAUUUCAAUGGACAUGGAACAGGAACAGCUAGGGCAUGGAAAGUCGCCCCACAAUUGCAAAACAUUUUCGAGUACUUUCAAUGUGAUCCGCAUCCGAAUCCGAAUCCAAAUCGAAUCGGUAGAGCCAGCAGAUAUAGCAUAUACACUUACAUCUACCUAAGUAUAGAUGAGUAAGCAACACCAAGAAACCAGAACAAACUCAUCAAGCGAACGUAUAAGACAGUCUCUAGCUCCUAAGACUAUAGUAAAGAAAUAUAUAUAUAUAUAUGUAAAAAAAUAUAUAUACACAGAUGUAUGGACAUCUAUGUAAGCGUAUUGUACAUAAGAGUAUAUAGCUCUUUGUAUCGGAUCAAAAAUUGUUGAUUAGUGUUUAGCUAACUGAAUGAGGGCAACUCUUCUAGGAAGAUAGGUUUUUUUUAAUCCAAUAAAAAUGUUCACCAUAAGUCGCCGAAGACACUAUACACCACAGUUCACCACAUUAGAUACUGCUCCUAGUACAUUUUUUAGAGCUGUCAGGGCAUCGGUAAUAUUUUGUAUGUUAGUUUCUACCUAAAAAUAAAUGGAAUAUGAAAAACAGUCAGGAGGAAAUCGUUGGAAACGAUAGUAACAUUGGCAUUAGCAUUGAAAUGCGAAAACUUGAUAGCUCUAAUUUCUUUCCAACCACCAAACACGUUUAAAACUUAUAUAAAUGGCGGUAAGGGCAGAACGAUGGAAUCGCGAUCUUAGUAAAGGGUAGUAAAUUACACAUAUCUUGGCAACAUUUUUUCCAAAAUAUUAUAACAGACACGGUCACGAAUGAAUCAUUAACUCUUGCAUUGGUGCUAAUUUUAUCGUAGGCUAAAAUAUAAUUAAAAUCACACACUCCCCACUUCGCACAUCACACUCCAAUCACAUUGAAUCAAAUUCUAUAUAUCAAUUAGGUAAUGUAAUCGAAAGCAAAAAGUGUAGUUAACCAAUUAAAGGUAAUGACGACCCUAUGUUUUAUGUAAGAAAUUUGCCUAAGGUAAAUCCGUUAACGAUAUAAUACUAAAUAAUUAUAACAAUAACUAAUGGAAACCAACUCCUAUGUUAGCUCGCUGGAUAGGUUUUCAUUUUGCCCUUUGGAUAAAUCAAGUGCAUAAUCAGCGGAAAACCAAUACCAGAUUCGGCAAAGCUUAGUAGACAUGUAGGAAAAUCCCUUCAAGAAGAAUAGAUCUCGUUUCAACUUUAGGCUAAUGACUCUGAAGCCAUCUCCGUCUCUUUCUAUAUAUAUAUAUUAAACCUAUGAAUGUAGCAAAUAAAUCUAGAGAUAUAGCUGGACCAGCAGGCAAAACAUGAACUCGAAUGAACAUGAAUGGAGUCGAUGGAAAUCAAUAUAUGUGAGUGGGUUUCACAAUCCAGGGGAA